AUGAACUCCCCUAUAUUCCCUCCUGCGCUGUUAACGGCUGCCGAAGACAAUAAUGAACGAUCUUUCAUACCGGUAUUGCCUGAGAAGCCAUUGGUUGCCACUGGAUCCAUCCAGGUGUUUGUAAUACCUGCCGAGAAGAACCUAUUCGUUGAAGGAUUCCUGGCGGCAGAGUAUGGAGAUCGACCUCCCACUUUGCUUAGGGGCUGUUUGUACGUGCGAGUAUUGAAGCCCACCAAAAUCAAGACCAUAUCUCUUAACUUCAAAGGUAUUCAGAGAACAGACUGGCCAGAAGGGAUCCCGCCUAAGAAGAACAACUUUGCCGAACUCAAUGACAUCGUGAACCAUACAUGGCCGUUCUACAACCAACUUCAAGGAGCAGUGGUAAAUGGUGGAGCAGAUCAUUACCAGGAAUUGCCUAAAUGCACCACUAGUAAGAAUGGAACAGAAGUAGAUAUAAGUCACUUGAGUCUCUCUGAAACGCAGGCCAGAUCCAUGUCUCCGCUUCCCAGAACUGCCACUGAUUCAAAUGUCGCAGCGGCGGCUACCGGAUUCGGGGAGUUCUUUGCCAGAACCAUUUCCCUUUCGCCUGUGACUGCUGGGAUAAUGAGAAAGGCAACUACAUCUAAUGCGCCUUCUGGAAGGUCUUUAUCUCCUAGUCCUUCCACCAAUUCACUUACAUCCUCGGCACUUAACGAUCUUCACACCGUAUCCACUGACAGUAGCGGGGUUGGACAAUUCAAUCCUGGUGAUUAUAUUUAUAAUUUUGAACACCCUGUUCCUCCAUCCACCCCUGAAUCAGUUAAAGUGACAUUUGGUGAGGUCUCAUACCACUUAGAUGUCAGCAUUACACGUCCUGGUACGUUCAAGCUGAAUUUACUGGGAAGGCUUCCCAUCAAUAUUGUCAGAAUUCCCUCUGAGGAUAACUUAGAGGAAAAUGAGCCAAUCGUGAUCUCUCGUGAUUGGGAGGAUCAAUUGAAGUAUGAAAUUGUGAUCGGUAGUAAAUCUGUGGUUUUGGACUCCUAUUUACCGUUAGCAUUCAGAUUUAUCCCUUUAUUUGGGAAAGUAGCAUUGCAUAGAAUUAGAGUGUAUUUGUCGGAGAAUUUAGAAUAUUAUUGCAAUAAUAAAAAGGUACACAGAAUGGAACCGCCAAAGAAGUUCUUGUUGUUAGAACAUAAAGCGUUGAAAGGAAAGUCGUUGUUAUCUAAGGCUGGAGGGCUCGACCCCGAUGGGACUGAUAUCCCGUUGACUAUAGAUGAGGAGGACGAAAUCUUACCUCGUGAAUUGGAAUUUCAAGUGUUUAUACCUCACAAAUUGCAAGACCGGACAAAUCAUAAAAUUCACCCAGAUACUUCAUUUGAAGUCAUUCAAUCACAUCAUUGGAUAAAGAUCUGUCUUCGUAUAUCAAGAUUUGAUCCUGAAAACCCAGAGAAGAGGAAACAUUAUGAGAUUAGAAUUGAUUCGCCAAUUAAUAUAUUAUCGCCAUUAUGUGUACAUGCAAACACUUUGCUCCCGGAAUAUAAUGAAAUAGAUAGAUCCCUUGUCCCCGACAAUAAUGUUUUAUCAAUCGAUGCAACUACCACACCACCUGUAUCUCCUGGCGUGAUCCCUGUUGGUGGUAGCGUUUUGAAUAACAAUUUCCUUCAGACAAAUUCUCUUGAUGCACUCAUGGACCAAGAUGGACGAACUGGAAGGUCAUUCUUGACAGAGGCAUCCGGAAAUAGAAGUAGAUCACGAUCGAACAGCUCAAGUGUUCGUACUUUCCAGCAUAUUCAAACAUCUGGGAAUCAAGACGAACCAAUUGAAAGAGACUAUGAUAUGCACUUGGAGUCCAACUUGUACAAACCAAAGGAUGAUGGUGAGUCAAUUUACAAUUCACCACAGGCAAUGCCAUUUGAAUCACCUGUUGGGUCGCCUAUACAAAGACCAAUUCAUUUACUUAGAAAGCCAUCUAUAAACCCUCCGACAUUCGAUCUGAUUUCUGGCCCACCUUUGAUGACAAAUCCUCCGCCUGAGUAUGAAGUAGAGGAUAGCGGAAUUCAUAGGAAUGACUCCCAAGUCUUUGACGAGGAACUUAAUACACCCGUGGAUGAAGAGUUAGAAGUGAAAGAAGAGCAUUUACUUAGAGGUAGAAGGAGAACUCAAACCGAGGGCGAGACUUUGGUAGAGGGAGGCACUUCGAAAUCUAAUACUGAGGAGAACGCUAUUUCUUUUAAAGUAACCCAGCCGACCCCGAUUGAGAGACUGCCACAACAACUUCCACUUGUACCCAGCCAAGUUACUCCAUCCAUAGAUGAUGCCAUGAAUGCUGAAGGCCUUGGGAAAGAUUUGGAACAGGACAUUGUUGAUGGAUUCAAGUCGGUACAUGGCCCUGUCGCUAUCAAUCCGGAAAACUUCAAUUUACUGCCUAAACUUCGUGCAGUAGGCUCAAGAUCUAGAUCCACUUCGCCAAGCAGAACGAAUGGGGAUCAAAGAUAUAGUUACGACUCUUCUAGAAGAUCUUCUAUUACAUCUACAACGUCAUUGAAUUCGUCGGUUGGAAUGGCUCCACUUAUCGAAAGAACACCUUUGUUAAACGAAUCAUCGGCUUCACUUGAGCAUACUACCUCUCUGACCAGUCAGUUUAAUGUAGCUGGAAGAAAUACCUCGAUAAUUUCAUUAUUGCAAGCACAUGGCGGUGUAGGAGGUUCUGUCCCCGUCCCUUCUGGAAUUGCUGCUAAGAAAAUGAGCUUUGGAUUAGCGGAUUUAAAUGAUGAUAUUUAUAAAGUCAAUGGAAAUUUACUACUGCUAAGAAACCCAAGGAUAAAGAAGCACUAUCAAGAUAGUGAACUCGCUAAUGGGUCAGAUGAAGAAUUCGAGCCUCCUGCAACCACGCAAAAAUCACGCCAGAAGAGCUUUGGUGUGGUGAAUAUGAACCAUAAACCUAUGAAUAACACUUCCAAUUCGAAUUCCAAUUCAAACUCAUCUGAAAGUGAUAAUACUAGCACUGAAGAUGCAGAGCAAUCUACAACUACGUUUGCAUACAAAGAAGAAACGCCUCAAAAAGUGACAGGCCUAAAUUUGAACUACAUUAUAGAGUAG